AUGGUCUUCUACUUCACAUCCAAUGUCGUCCAACCCUCCGCCUUUAUUUAUGUUGGCAAGGACAAAUUCGAGAGGUCAGUCUUUCCCUCUCCGACUUGCGAUGGCUUCAAUUGCCCUAAUAUCUCUACACACUUGCAGUUCCACGUCGACAAUCUGUCAAGUGCACAUGUCUAUGUGCGCCUUCGAGAAGGCGAAACAUGGGACAACAUUGCCCAGCCACUGCUAGAGGAUUGCGCCCAGCUUACAAAAGCGAAUUCCAUUGAGGGAAACAAGAAGGACAAUAUCACCAUUAUCUACACACCAUGGUCAAACCUAAAAAAAGACGGGUCAAUGGCGGCUGGUCAAGUCACUUUCCACAAUCAUAAGCUGGUCCGCAAGGUCUAUGUGAAGCAGCGUGAGAAUCCAAUCGUCAACCGGCUGAACAAGACUCGAAUCGAGAAAUUUCCUGAUCUCCGGGCCGAGAAGGAAGAGGAUACGAAGAGGAAACAGCGCAGUGAUCGCAAAGCCCGAGAUGAACAACGUGCGAAGGAAAAGAAAAAGCAACAAGAGUAUGAACAGCUCAAGUGGCAGAAAGAUCACGCAUAUGACGAUAUGUUCACAGAAGAGAAUAUGGAGCGCAGCAACAACCAGGACCGCGAUGAGGAUUUCCUCGAUGACUUCAUGUGA